CAGGGCUCCAAGGUAAAGGGGGUGGUCUUUUGAUCAUGUCCAGAGUAUUUUCUCUUAAGAGAAUUAUCUGAAUCUCUUUACACCAUUUUUUAAAAUUCUGACCACUUAAAUGUAAUUUUUCAAAAUUAUUUGGCAAAGUUACAAAAUUAUUGCCAUUAAACUGCAUGGGGAGUUGUUCAAAUGGUUGAAAAAAGCCUGUUGUGAAUGGCAUUGGGAUCCCUAAGCCUGGGAUCGAUUGCUUAGGUCUGGCUCCUUUUUGUAGUCCUUCUGUAGUUUGAAGCAACUGGGCACGUGCAGGAAAUGGAGCAUGCUCCAAAGCCUUUUCUUGUUGGAGCUCCGAUCUCCCUCUCUGAGCUCUGAAGUCAGGUCUGGCUAGAGCCUCAGUGUAGGCCGGGACAUCAGCGAUGUGGCGGGGAAGCCUUGGCGGAGUGGGAAGAAGGCCUGGAGAUCUUUCUGGAGACUGGAGGCCCAUCAGAUGAGGUCCAUGGGCUGGGUAGGCCUGGAAAUGUCUCUGGAUCUCCUCUUCUCCAUCAGAGGAGCAGGAUUGCAGCUCCGGAUCAUCCCAGCAGGGCCGGAAAGGUGUGGAGGCCUCAGCCGGGGCCUCCCUGGAGCAUUCAGUGAGUGGACGACAUCGAACUGAGGAAUACCUCCAUCACCAUUUUUGGCAUGCUCCUGAAAGGACUGAAGGAGUUACGGAACAGUAAUAUGGCCGAAAACAUCCUGAACAGCCUUAUUCCCCUCCUCAUACAACUGUCAAAUGAUCGGACGAAAGAGGUCUCCAGGAAGACCCUCGACUCCUGCGUGUCCUUUAUGAACUGGGGGGGCUUUCCCAGCAACUUGUUUGACUAUGAAAUGUACACCAGUCUUCAUAGCAUGUACUCCAACAUCUGCUACGUGGUUCCUUGAAUAUUAAGUGUGAUGAGGAUCAAGUUUGAAGCCAGUCAGAUGUCUACUCCUGUGGUCAGAAGGAAACUCAACUUGGAUAUUCAUCUGUUUUGGAGUGGAGUUGUGCACCCCAAAAACACUGGGGUGCCUCAGUGAAAUCAGACUUUGCUUCACUUUAUAUCUUGUUGAAAUGCCAGUCGCUGACAUGUCACACAACCGCCUACUCCGAUUGUGGUUUCCAAUUCUUCUCUUCGGAACUGGAGCUUCUGGAGCAGAAAAUGGUGUUCUGGGGGAGUCUGUCACAUUCCAAGUGAAGAUCUCCACACCAUUUGAAAUUAUUUUCUGGACUAAAAUUGUUGGCGGAGAGUCUAGAAAUAUUUCUGUGGUGACCUUUGGGAAGCCAUGUGGCCUCCUGGUUCCCCUCCAAGACUUUCAGAAACGAGUGAACAUCUCCAAGGACUGCAGCAAAUUACUUCUCAGGCAUCUAAAGAAAGAUGACGCUGGUCGGUACAGUGCAAAAAUAAUUUCACAAAACAAUAAGGUGGAGGAUGUGUCCUUUGAACUCCAUGUUUACAGACGUUUGCUGGGCUCUCAGCUGAGAGUGACCUGCGUGCCUGAUGGGGCUGGAAGUGAAACUUGGCAGCUGCAUUGCUCUACGGAGACCUGGGAAGAGGGGACUGAAUUGAGCUGGACCUCAGCCACCCAGAACAUGGAUCCCACCCUCGGGAAUUCUGUGACCAAGCUCAUCUACCGAGAUGGUGAUCUCAAUGUCACCUGCACAGCAAGAAACCGGGUUAGCUGGGCAUCCAAGACAGUCUCCUUAAAGCAAGUUUGUGCUGGAGAAACCGAUGACCUCUCUGAGCUGCCUCACUGGGCCAAGGUGUUCCUUAGCAUAAUGGGAAGUCUUCUCCUUCCUGGCUCUGCAGGGUUCAUUCUCAUGAUAAAACUGAGAAGAGGUGGAGGAGAAAAUGCUCUGGCCCGAUUCCUGACUGCCUCCUGGAGGAGGCAACCAUCUGAAGACCACAUUAGACCUCACUGACGGAUGCCUGGAAUUAGUCUUCCUCUGGCCCGUCACUUCCAGAUGACUAUAGCCUUCCUUGGUGGCUUUUAAGAAGUUUCUUUGGGACAAGGGUGCCUCCGUGGGCACCCAAUGAAGUUGAUUACCAAUUUAGCUAAUGGGAGGGUCUCUGGUCCAUGUUGCUUCUCUGUAACUGCGUUCACUUCUGCCUUGCCUGGCCCCAAAGUACCCCACCCCCACAUUUGCUUCGCUAUUUAAUAUUCGGGAGUUAGGGUUAAAACAUUAGAGCCAUCAUUAAAAAGGCACAACAAAGAACGUUCUUCCUGCGUUGAUUCAGAAAGCUCAGACUGCCCAGAGAUCUGCUGAUACCGUUUUACAGAGUUAUUUGUACCACAAUAACUGUCUGGUUUGGCACUGUAACCACACAAGACAGACACCGACCUCAAAGGAUAUUUAGAACUGGAGAAAAAACCAUUGCCACCAGCCUGCCUGUGCUUCCCCACUCUAACCCCCCCACCCACCCACACACAAACAUAUAUGGCAAGAUUUCUACAGGUGUUUAUUCAACCCCCCCCCCCCAAACAGGUCCUUGGAAAGCACCCCUGUUGCACAGGUCCAUAUUCCAAGCUCAGUGCAGCGAGAGUCACUGCGUAACCGAGUCCAAUGGGCACACACAAAAUCCAGGGAAGCAGUCUAGGAGUCAGACAGGCCAGGAUAUAAGGCAUCAGCACACAAGGCCAGAACUGGGUAUUUGCUCCAGCAACAUCAGGCCCUCAGGGCGAGGUUAAGUAGGCAAUCCUGGCACAGCCUUUUAUGAGAUAUGAGGUUGCCUCCUCAUGAGUGAUCUAGUUGACCAGCAUCCUGCCUGACUCCUCUCUGCUCUAGGUGUCCUUGGGUCAGGUGGAGGUGUGGACUCCACACAUCCAUUAUGAUUUUAACAGAUUAAAAAAGUUGGAAGGGACCUUAUAGGCCAUCUAGUCCAACCCCACACCCAAGCAGGAAACCCUACACCAUUUCUGACAGGUGGCAGUCCAGUCUCCCCUUGAAAGCUUCCAGGGAUGAAGCUCCCACAACUUCUGAAGGCAACUUGUGUUCCAUCAGUUGAUUGCUCUCACUGUCAAAAAAUUUAUCCUUAUUUCCAGGUUGAAUCUCUCCUUCAGUUUACAUCCAUUAAGUUUACAUCCAUUAUUCCUUGUCUGGCCUUCGGGUGCUUUGGAGAAUAGCUUGGCCCCCUUCCUCCUCUCUGUGGCAGCCCCUCAAAUAUUGGAAGAUGCUCUCCUGUCUCCCCUGGUCCUUCUCUUCUCCAGAAUAGCCAGGCCCAGUUCCUGCAACCGUCCAUCGUAUGUUUGAGCCUCCAGCCCCCUCAUCAUCCUGGUUGCUCUUCUUUGCACUUUUUCCAGAGUCUCAACAUCCAAGAUCCCUCUCACAGUCACUGCUAUUAAGCCUGGUUUCACCCAGUCUAUAUGUGUACUUUUGGUUUUUCUUGCCUAAGUGUAAGACUUUACUUUUCUCUACAUUGAAUUUCAUUUUGUUAGAUAGGGCCCAGUCUGUCAAGAUCCAUUUGGAUCUUGAGCCUAUCAUCUAGGGUGUUGGCUAUUCCUGCCAGUUUAGUAUCAUCUGCAAAUUCAGUACGUUCCCCUUCCUCCUCAUUGCUAGCGGGCAGCAGUUGCUCCCAUCUGCUGUAACUCCUGGAUAACUUGCAGCAGCUGUGGCUUGCUUCCCACUCAAACUCACCCUCCUCCUCCGAACUCACAUCUGGAGUGGGGUCCAGGGAUGGAUCCAUGACACUGCCUUCCAUUGAGGAUCUGUACACUGCACCAACGAGAAAGACGGCUGAGAAAAUAUCUGCAGAUCCCUCACAAACUUUGUAUCCCUGGAUACAAACUAUUUCAACUUCUUCCCUCUGGAUGCCACUAUAGGGCAUUGCAUGCCAAAACAAUUAGACCACCAGCACCAUCCCUCUGCCAAACACCUAAUUGCCACAGCACUGUCUCAGGCCUAAAAAUGUACCCAUGUAGUAGGCUGCAUUGCUAUUAACCUUCUCAUCUUCUCAUUUUCUUCUCUUUUCUUCUUUCUCAUCUUCUCAUCUUUCCUACUACAUUCUCCUAUUGGUAUCUAUGGUUUAUCACUUCUUGUGGUAUCUAAUGAUUAAUGAGUGUAACUAUGAUUUUAUGAUAUAUGAUCUAUCAUUUUAUUGUUGUUGUUGUAUGUGUGUACAUUGAGAGCUUAUACACCAGAGAAAAAUUCCUUGGGUAUCCAAUCACAUUUGGUCAAUAAAAAAUUCUAUCUUCAAUAAAGAAUUCUAUAUUCAGAAGUUGAAGGGUGAGAUUGAGAAGAUGGACAUGAGACAUGGAGAAGGUUGGGCUAUGAAAAAACGAGGGCAUGACUGUGGCCAUCUUCAGUCCAUGGGGGAUAAUUGCAUAAAUAGGAUAAAGUGGGAAAUUUGAAAGAAAAUGAAGGAAAAAUUGUCUCAUUGCUUUCUAGAAUUUUCAAAUCUGGGGUGACUCUUAUCUGUAAAUUUGUCAUAGAGUUUCUAAUGUGUAAAUGGGGGGAAUUUAGUCCAAUCUACGAAUCUGCCCAAUCUGAUUAAUUUGUUUUUACCUUUUAAUGCUUUUGAGAUUUUAAUGUUUAUAAACUUUCCAGUUUUUUGAGAGCUUGAUAGUCAACAAACCUUUCUUAUUUUCUUCUAUAGCAUAUAUUCUUUCAAUAAAGGGGAAAUCGUUUUCCUUUAAAAAA